ACAUGCGUUAAGCCAAUAUUUGCAGUUGUCAGUUUUCACCAUCGUUUUGUGAGGUUCUUCCGAAUAUUUCCAAUAAAUAAUGGCCGAUCGAAAUAUCGGAGAACCCAUAACGCCCACCGAAGAACAACUCCCGGAAUUUGAAGAGCUGCAAGAAUUUGAGCCACCAGAAGAGGCGGUUGCUAACGUUAUUGAAUACGUACAAUCUGUAGCGAUUCCUGGAGGCAGCGAGGGGGAAAAUCCUCAAUUCAAUGGUCAUAACUUCCAAUCUGCCAGACAGAGCAAGCAAAUCCCCAUAUGUAUCGUUAACGAAAACCAGGACAUAAUCGAAUUCGUGCACGAUAUGAUAAACAAGAAAUUCUUCCCAGAACAUGGCAGCACCCUGAUCCACGUGGACGCAAAUCCAGAUCUGUUGGCCCCCAAUACGAUGCCGGCCGAUGAGUCCUUCGACCACAGCAUGCUGUACCUACAGCACAACUACGACAGGUGGAUCUUGCCCAACUGCUACAACGGCAUCUUCAAGAAGAUCAUCUGGGUGAGACCGCCUUGGUCCGAACACAUAAGGGAGGACAGCGUGACGUUCAAAGUAGGAAAACACAAGGAAAGCAGUUACAUAAACGUCGACUGCAAGCAGAAUUACUUCAUAGCUGAAUGCCUCUGGACCACAUCAGACAAUCUGACCGACGCCAAGAACAUAACCUUGGAUUGUAUCACCCUGGGCAACGAGCUGAGCUACGAAAACGAUUGUCCAGAGUACUGGCGAGCGGUUUUAGGCGAAAACCAAACGGUUCCCACCGUCCUGGACAUAGACCUCGAAUUCUUCAUCACCGAGAACCCUUACUUGUUCCUAUACGAAAACACCAUCGUCUACGAGCUCCUCAGGGAGCUCUUCGUCUUCAUCCGGCCAACAUCCCAAACGGAUGAAGCCGUAACCGAAACGGUCGAGAUGAGAUCCGAGCAAUUCAAGGAAAUAGAAACCUACUUCAACCAUUUGACCCAACAUCAUAAAUUACCGGAUCCUGAAGACAUACCUCCCAGUCCCAUUUACGAAAAAGUAGCAGAGAUCAUGGCAGAGCUCGAGAGGCACGGCCACGAUUUGAAGGACGUGGACUGGGACCUUCUGUACGACUGCGGACACAGUUUCGGCGAUCACGAACAUCCUCACCACGUGACCAACUCUGCGGAGCUGGAUCUGCUCUUCAAGUCCUUCGAGAAUUUCCUGGAUGAGUUCUACGAGCCGCCUAGCAUCAUAACGAUAGCCAGAUCUGACCUGGAGGGUUACGCCGAGAUAGAGGAUAGGUUGCUGGAGCUGCUAAACUCCAAAUUCAACUGCGCAGUACCGAUAGUCUACGAUCAAGGCAACGCUGUUGGUGUUGACUCUGAUUCUACUUGUGUCAGUGAGGAUGUGGAUGAAAGGGGUACCGAUGAAUUGGAGGAGUUUCUGGAGUUUUUAACGUUGCAGACGGGAGAGGUCGAUAAUUCCGAUGCAUCGAACGCAAAUCUGGCCCUGCCGGAGGGCCAAGAUGAUGAGGAGGAUGUCUCCGAACUUUGAAGGGAACAGGAUGGUUUUUAUGAAUUCGAUUAUUUUGGUUGUUUAGUCGACCUUUCUUCAUGUGAAGCUUUGUACAUCGUAGAUUUGUUUCUUAUUGUAUUCUUUUCGCGCGUAUAUGAUAAAUGUGAUCAUUGUUUUUAUUCCGUAUUUGUUAUUAAUUUUAUAUUUAUGUACAUUUACCAGGUUAUAUUAUAUACAAUAAACCCGUUCAAACUGUUA